CAUUGUGACGAAAUCACAUAGCCUUCUGGGAAUUGUAGUUUAUUUCCUCCUCAGCCGAAGAAAAAUCUAGGGCUGUGGACUACCACUCCCGUGAGGUAGUGAACAAUUCUACUGCGUUCGCGGCGUCUUCGAACGCGCCGCGGCAGCCAUGUUGGACGUGGCCAGCACAGGGGCCGGCACCAGGGGGUUAUUGAAGCAGCUGUCACGAUGCUGGGGUCCCUGGUGUUAAGAAGGAAAGUGCCGGCACCACGGCUCCUCCUCCGGUUACUCAGGUCCCCAUCGCUCCGGAGCCAUGGAGGUGCUUCUGGCCAGAGUGUGAUCGCCGGGGGUCGUGGAGAGCCGCAGUGGCUGAGGGCAGCCGCCGGGGGGCGCCCUGGAACAUCGCUAGCCUUGCUCCCCGCACAAGGGGCAGCCGCCGGGGGGCACCAGGGAGGACAAGCCGAGACCCAGUUCCGCGCAGCUGCCACGUGGGAACGCCUUCCUAGUGUUGAAGAAACACUGCCGGGACAGGACAGCUGGAAUGGAGUCCCCAACAAGGGCAGACUGGGCAUGUGGGUCCUGGCCACAGCGCUGGUGGCUCACUGCUACAGCAAGAAUCCAUCCAACAAGGAUGCAGCCCUGUUGGAAGCCGCUCGUGCCAACAAUGUGCAAGAAGUCCGCAGGCUGUUAUCAGAAGGUGCAGAUGUCAAUGCAAGGCACAGACUUGGCUGGACAGCACUCAUGGUGGCAGCCAUCAGCCGAAAUGACAGUGUGGUACAGAUCUUGCUUGCUGCUGGGGCUGACCCAAACCUUGGGGACGAUUUCAGCAGUGUUUACAAGACUGCCAAGGAACAGGGAAUCCAUUCUCUGGAAGAUGGGGGACAGGACGGUGCAAGCUGGCUCAUCACAAACCAGUGGACAAGUGCCCUGGAGUUCAGGAGAUGGCUAGGACUCCCCGCUGGCGUCCUGGUUACCCGAGAGGAUGACUUCAACAACCGGCUGAACAACCGUGCCAGCUUCAAGGGCUGCACAGCCCUGCACUACGCUGUCCUUGCUGACGACUAUCGCACUGUCAAGGAGCUGCUUGAUGGAGGAGCCAACCCCCUGCAGCGGAAUGAAAUGGGACACACCCCCUUGGAUUAUGCCCGAGAAGGGGAAGUAAUGAAGCUUCUGAGGACUUCAGAGGCUAAGUACCAGGAAAAGCAGCGGAAACGUGAGGCUGAGGAGCGGCGCCGCUUUCCCCUGGAGCAGCGACUGAAGGAGCACAUCAUUGGCCAGGAGAGUGCCAUUGCCACAGUAGGUGCUGCGAUCCGGAGGAAGGAGAAUGGCUGGUAUGAUGAAGAACACCCUCUGGUCUUCCUCUUCUUGGGAUCAUCUGGAAUAGGAAAAACAGAGCUGGCCAAGCAGACAGCCAAAUAUAUGCACAAAGAUGCCAAAAAGGGCUUCAUCAGACUGGACAUGUCUGAGUUCCAGGAGCGACAUGAGGUGGCCAAGUUUAUUGGGUCCCCACCAGGGUACGUUGGCCACGAGGAGGGUGGCCAGCUGACCAAGAAGUUGAAGCAGUGUCCCAAUGCUGUGGUGCUCUUCGAUGAAGUAGACAAGGCCCAUCCAGAUGUGCUCACCAUUAUGCUGCAGCUGUUUGAUGAGGGUCGGCUAACAGAUGGAAAAGGGAAGACGAUUGACUGCAAGGAUGCCAUCUUCAUCAUGACCUCCAAUGUGGCCAGUGAAGAGAUUGCACAGCAUGCACUGCAGCUGAGGCAGGAAGCUUUGGAGAUGAGCCGUAACCGUAUUGCUGAAAACCUUGGGGAUGUCCAGAUUAGUGACAAAAUCACCAUCUCAAAGAACUUCAAGGAGAAUGUGAUCCGCCCAAUCCUGAAAGCUCACUUCCGGAGGGAUGAGUUUCUGGGGCGGAUCAAUGAGAUCGUCUACUUCCUCCCCUUCUGCCAUUCGGAGCUCAUUCAACUAGUCAACAAGGAACUGAACUUCUGGGCCAAGAGAGCCAAGCAAAGGCACAACAUCACACUGCUCUGGGACCGUGAGGUGGCAGACGUGUUGGUCGAUGGCUACAAUGUGCACUAUGGUGCCCGCUCCAUCAAGCAUGAGGUAGAGCGCCGUGUGGUGAACCAGCUGGCAGCUGCCUACGAGCAGGACCUACUGCCAGGGGGCUGCACUCUGCGCAUCACCGUGGAGGACUCAGACAAGCAACUACUCAAGAGCCCGGAACUGCCUUCACCCCAGACUGAGAAGCGUCUACCCAAACUGCGGCUGGAGAUCAUCGAUAAGGACAGCAAGACCCACAAACUGGACAUCCGGGCACCACUGCACCCUGAGAAGGUGUGCUACACCAUCUAGCAUCUGCCUCCCUGCCUACAUGUGCCCUUAACAUCCAAUAAAGGCCCCCUAGCUGUGGCAUGGCAACUGACA